CAUCGACUCCACAGACGCGUCGUGAAAACAGGGGUCAGCUAACUUUCACGAAGGAUAAUUUGUUGGUGAAUCACCUGCAGGCUGUGUUGCCUUUUCCUGCAUGUGGGGUGUCCUUGGUCACUCUUUGAUCUCAGACAGUUCAGGGAAGUUUGAAGUUCAUUGAAGAUGACUUCUUUGAUGACAAAGCCACCAGUUGAUGCACCAGACAUCGACCUUGAAAAUUUAGAUGACCUCCUGGCAGCCCUCUCAGCUGAGGAAAUAGACGAGCUAAAUGGAGACUUUGAUCCUGAUAACUCACUUUUGCCACCAUCCCAGCGAUGUCGUGAUCAAACUGACAAGGAUCCCACUGGCCCAUUUAGCCGGCAACAUCUGCUAGACUUCCUAGAGAAAAAGGCAAAAACAGAAAAAGAUUGGGAGCAAAACAAAGUUUAUAUCAAAGAACAGCGAGGGAAGAAAUUUGUACCUAAAGAGCCUGAGAGAACAAGAGUUGAUGACGAUGAUGCUGUUGACACCGAGUGGGAUGAAAUCCUGUCCGCAGCUUCAGAAGAAGAACUUGUGGAUUUAGCAGCCGUCUUGGGAUUCCACAGUAUGCUGACACAGACACAGUACCAUGCCUCGCUGCGUGAUGAAAAGGUCCAUGAGGGUGGUUUUACAGGAGCUGCAAAAGCUGAACCGCUCAGGCCAGUGCCAAAUGAGGCACCCAACAUGACCAGUGUCGAAGAGAGCAUAAAGAAACUGCGCAGCAAUGACCCACAGCUCAAAUCUUUGAAUCUGAACAACAUCAAGAAUAUGUCUGUGGAGCAAAUGAUUGAAGUCUGUGAGGCUCUAAAGGAAAACACAACCUUGGUACGUUUUGACAUGGCAGGAGUGGCAGCACCAGACAAGGUUGGGAAGAAACUUGCUGAAGCACUAGCAGUAAAUAAAACUCUGCGAUCAGUGAAUGUGGAGUCCAACUUUCUUAGUGGUGAGGUUAUAGUGGAGCUGGUGAAGGCCAUCAAUGUUAAUCAGAUCUUGCUUGAGCUCCGUGUUGCUAACCAGAAACCAGAAAUACUUGGGAACAAGGUAGAGAUGCAGAUUUCACGACUUCUCCAGGAAAACAAGACAUUACUGCGCUUUGGAAUUACCUUUGAAUUUCCUGAUGCCAGGAUCCGAACACAUGAACGUUUAAAGCAGAAUUUUGAUGACCUGCGUAAAAAGCGAACUGGAAAGUAAGGACAUGGAAGAACAGAUAUACCUUCUCCCAUCAGAGUUGUAUGUCCAUGGCCUCCAUCUUCAUAAAGCAGUCCAAACUGGAAAACCUACAAGAAUCAAAUGUGGCCUCUGUCUGCUUUUUUUAAGGGGGUAGGGGUAGGGUCCUAUGAUUUCCCAUAAUGACAAAUUCUGACAGGAUGAACUAACUUGAGACAUGUAACUGAGCCCUGUGUUCAAAGAAAGGUAUUGAUGGUGUUUCUAGACUCAGUCCUCCUGAAUGUGUACUAAGAAAUAUAAAUUCCUAGUAUUCCCAGACCAAUGAAGCUUUUAAUCUAUGAUCUCUUUAAGGGGCUGUGAUGUAACAUCAUCUUGAAAAGGCAUCACACAUCUUUUAGUGUGUUAAUGCAGAUAUAAAUUCACAGAAACCCUAUUUGUAGCUCCGUCAGUUUUUUCCCCCAAGUGCACGAUUAAAAGUGCUUAUGUUUUUAGCUCACAUUGAUGCUUUUGAUGUAGCAGUGUUGUUUUCCUUCACAGUUAAAGCCAUGGUUAUUUUAGGCAUUGUGUUUAGUUUUUUUUUUUUUUUUUUUUUUUGUGUAUUUUUUUCCCCAAACAGAUGCUCUCGUGACACAUUGUCACUUUUUAGGCUUGGCUUAAACUACAGCCCUUGCUUGAUGCAAUGCUAGUUUCACAGUGAAAACCUGAGGGGCUCAAACAAAUGCAUUUCUUUGCCAUCAUAAGUUGAUCAGGCUUUAAUUUUGGAGCAGCAUGUGUUCAUUAGGCACCUGAUUUUAGUAAUAUGGAUUAGUUUCCUGGCAGGGACGUGUUUGAGAACUACUCUUUGUGAUAACACUUGAGGCCAUUAUUUUGUCUUAACUUUUGAACCAGGCCAUGUCUUCAGAGAUUCAAACAUGCAUUUUCAUCCAGCUGUCAGAUAAACCUACUGAUGCACAUUAUGAUAUAGCAGAGAGGAAUUUUGUGACUUUUAGGCAGGUUUUACCUUUCAUUACUGGAAGUUUUAGUUCAAGCCCUCAUUUACUUUCCUGAGUUUCUACUUUAAAAAAUUUUGAAUUUAAAAAGAAAGCCUUCCCCUCUUGGCCAUACUCUUCUAGUGUUGUGGUCAUCCUUAUGCAGCUUUGCCAGGAGAAGUUUACAUUUAUCCUUCUGAUAAUGUUCCUCUGUAAAUACUGUUAGUUUUUUUUUUUUUCAUAUGUGAAAUGGUGCUAAUACACAUGCUUCAACACUAAGCUUCAUAGACUAUUUUGUGUGAAAGGGUGUUUUUUAAUUACUGAUAAAACUACAACCAGUCCACCUGUCAGCUGACAUGUAACACAGAGAACUUGUUACAUAUAUAAGAAGACAAAGUUCUCAUGCAUGCAUAAAUCAUUUACCAGCAAAUAGGAAUUAGGGGUGUAGGGAGACAUGACAGUGAAUUAUGAAUAGUACAUGGUAUGUUUAUGCUGCAUGACAAGAGAAAUUUUGUUUGCUUCAGUUGCAGGUACCCGAGUCAUUUGAUCUUCUUAGGGCUAACUGUGGGAUGUUUUAUAACCUAAUGUGGUUGUGAGAAAGGGUAAAAAGGAUGCAUGCAUGGUAGACAUGAUGUAUUCUGGAAUCAGGCUGUGAAGGGCACACAUUUCUAGCCAGUCAUAGCAAUAUAGGAUGGGUUUCACUGCCAUCGAGUAUAGUCAAAUAAUUACUUUCCUUGUGUAAGGUAUGAUGUAAAAGGUUUACCAAAAUGUUCAUACUUUAGGAAAUUUUGAAAGCUAGCAGAAGUUUUUUUGUAAAUAGUAUAGGCGUGAAGGGAAGGGAAACAGAAAUAAACUUUUAUGCCCUACAUGAUAAGGUAGAUUUUUUGUCAUCUUUUUGCUCCAUUUCUCUCCACUUUUUUGUAAUAAGCUACUUUUUAUCACAUCUGUUUUAGCCAGUAAUUUCUGACAUUAGUGAUUGGAUCACCUGCUGGGCAUAUUUUUAAGGCAGUCUUUUGUAAAUAAUAAGUUGUUCAUCCAUUAAACCAUAAAUGUGUCAUCCUGAUAUUUCAUUCGAGAACUUGGUAGCAGAGGGCAUUUAUUUAUGGAUUCAACAUCCUCUUGAGAUCAGAACCGAGAGGGUAGCAUAAUGGAAAUGAAAAUAAUGAUAGGUGUUGCUAAUGUGUCUUUCUAUCAGUUAAUCAUGUUUUCUAGGUAUUAUUUUUCAAAUUACAUUUUUUAUAAAGGUUCUGGUAAAAUAUAUUUACACUCAUAGCAUGUUGUGUUCACUUUUAAAGCAGCAAAAGCAAAUGUAUUUCCACUUCAAGAACAGCAGGAUACAGUGACAUGGUUUAAAUGCCAGCGUUUCAUAAAGCUAUGACUAUUUUUUUUUUUUUUGUGUUGUUGUACAUGUGCUUUAAUCUCAUUCAGCCAUUAUUAAGUUUACCUAUGAUUGCUGACACAUUGACGAUACCCUUAUAUUGUAUUUAAUUGUAUAGUUGUAUUUAUUAGACAUGCUACAAACAAUCCUGACAUCAAGAUUUCCAUCCAGUGUACUUGUGUUAUUUGUCAUUGUCUUCUUCAGGCAAAGUUAUGUUUGUUAAAAAUAGUCAAGAAAGGGAGACUUAGAAGGUUGGGAUACACAGGGUUGACUUAAAAAGUCAAACAUCUGGCAUGCUGUGUGUGGGUCCUUAGCACAGUUUUAGUUGGUUUUGGUUUGGGGUUUUUUUGCAGUGUGGAUGUACUGUUUGUAAAGUUCUCCAUAGGUGCCAUUAGAGAUGUUUUAUGUGGAUUGUACAUAAUUUUCCCAGGCUGUGUGUUUUAAUAAGAGUUUUAAGCGGCAUUUUCAAAGCUUUGAAGCCUGGUUGUGAAACCUAAUAACUUGUAGGUUAAGCUACAAAACGGCUACAUUGCUGCUGCAAUGGAAAAAUUAUUAAUCUUGAGUUUUUGCUACUUAGUGCAUUCAUUCAAAUUUCUCUUUCAACCCACUCCCACACCCUCCCGUGUCGUAAUAUGUGAGUAUGUAGUGCAUUGCUUUCAUCCAUUUCUUCAGGGGGCUUGAGAUCACUCAGUUCUGUAUGCUGGUAAAUCCUUCAUGAUAAAGUGAUCAAAAGAGUAUAUGAAAUCUGUAGUAAAUGUUACAACAACUAAAAAAAUCGAUGAGCUAUUCUCUUAAAAAGUCAUAAGGAUAUAUUGUUCAAGUGAGUUGGGACAACAGUCAUUCUGCAGCUUCCCCUGGCAUAGUAUUCAGAUGUCCAUUUCCUCAGUCAUCCAUUGUGUUUUUGAAACAUUAGUUAUUCUUAGUUCUUACCCUUCAAUGUCCAAAUAUAUUUUAAGCUGUGAAAGUUCUGUGUUCUAUCAAGACAUGGGGAGGACAAAAUUGUAGUUUAAGAAGUGAAACGAAUAUUUUACAUAAUGUAACAAGGCUCAAGGGACUGUUGCGCCACCGUUUCCUGUGGUAGCUUCACAAGGCAGAAAAGAGAUUUAUUUGCUGCUCAUUAUUUUAUAAUACUGAUUGUUUUCUUGUGCAACUGCAAAUUUCAGUUUUAGGUAUCAUUACCAAAUGUUGUCAUAAAAAAAUGUUUGAUUUUUUUUUUUUAAAUCUCAGAAUAGAUCUUUAUCGUAAACAAGAUUUUGUUUGCUUGCCAGUUGCAGUUAAUAACUUGUAGAUAUGCCAUAUUAGUUACCUAGUGAUAACUGUUUACGAAGGAAAGUUACUGUCUUUUUUUCCCAUUCCUUUUUGUGCAAUGUAGGAUUUAUUAAAGGGUGGCAUAUCCUAGCUUA